AUGAAUAUCAAGAUUGAAAGCGAAGAAUUUCAAGACAUUCAACAGCAACAACAAAGACAACCUCUUUUGGAAGAUGAAUCAAAGGCUACAAAAGAACCGAAAACUCGAACCCAAAAGGCCAUCAGAAAGACAUUCAAAGGCACAUCCCGCUUAUCUAGCCUCCUUCCCUCAGGAUCAGUCCUCAUAUUUGAGAUAUUUUCUCCCACUAUAACAAAUCAAGGCCAAUGUGAAACGUUACAAGCACAACUCUUAGCAAUAUGUUUCAUAACGCUCCUUGGUUUAACAUGUAUUAUCAUGUCUUUCACAGAUAGUGUGAGAGAUGAACGAGGCAAAAUUCGUUAUGGAUUCGCAACGUUUAAAGGUUUAUGGAUUGUUGAUGGUAUUCUAACUCUUAGCCCUGAACAAGGAUCCAAGUAUCGAAUUCGUGUUCUUGAUUUUGUUCAUGCAUUGAUGGGGAUACUAGUAUUUAUGGUCGUUGUUUUGUUGGAUCAAAAUGUUGUCAAGUGUUUGUUUCCAUUACCAUCUGAAGAAACUAACGCAAGACUUGUUAUGUUUCCUAUUGUGGUUGGAGUUGUUUGUGGUUUUCUGUUUGUUUGCUUCCCUAGCACUCGCAAUACAAUUGUAACUCCUCUUACUAAAAGCUAG